CGGUCUGCGAGGGUCCUGCGAACACGGGGGUGGUGGCUGGCCACUAAUAAUAGUCAAAUAUGGGAGCGCAUUAUUUGUUCGGUGUCGAAUAUGGCGUUUUGCAAUUUAAGUCCGUGUAUUUGGCCACUCGAGAACAGUUCUCGCCCGGAGUUCGUACUGCGAGUGUCCCCAGUUCAAAGCCACGAUGGAAAUAUCACAGCCCAGCAUCGGCAUCUUCUACAUCAGCAAAGUUCUGGCCCUGGCUCCAUAUGCCACGUCCCGGAAUUCUAAGGGCCAAGUGGAAAUCGCUCGCAGCUGGCUAUUCACAAUAUACUCGGCCACCUUAACGGUGGUAAUGGUUUUUCUCACCUACCGGGGACUACUGUUCGAUGCCAAUUCCGAAAUACCCGUGCGUGCAUCUUUUAGAAUGAAGUCGGCAACAUCCAAGGUUGUGACGGCCCUGGACGUUUCAGUGGUGGUCAUGGCCAUCGUAUCGGGUGUUUACUGUGGCCUUUUUAGCCUGAACGACACUCUCGAGCUCAAUUCUCGACUCAGCAGGAUCGACAACACUUUGAAUGCCUUCAACAACUUCAGGAGGGACCGGUGGCGAGCCUUGUCCAUGGCCGCGGUCUCCUUGGUCGCCAUAUCCCUUCUGGUCGGCCUGGAUGUGGGAACCUGGAUGCGCAUUGCCCAGGAUAUGAACAUAGCGCAGUCGGAUACGGAGCUGAAUGUGCACUGGUAUAUUCCAUUCUACAGUCUCUACUUCAUCCUCACGGGAUUGCAAGUUAACUUUGCAAACACCGCCUACGGACUGGGCAGGCGUUUCGGACGCCUAAACCGGAUGCUCUCAAGCAGUUUCCUGAGUGAGAACAAUGCUUCAAGUGCAUUCAAGCCGCACAAAGUCAGCACGGUGAAGAACAUCAGCAUGAAUCGUCUAGCGAUGCCAUCGGCGUUGCACGCGAGUCUGACGAAGCUGAACAGCGAGACUCUGCCGAGCGAAUCCGCAGGUGACAAGGCAGCCUCCCACAGUCUAAUCCUCAACGUGGAGUUACUCAAAUUGGGUUAUUUUCCAGCCAAGAACAAGGGGCUGCUCCUCAAGUCACUGGCCGACAGUCACGAGUCGCUGGGGAAGUGUGUGCUGCUCCUGUCCAACUCCUUCGGCGUGGCGGUGCUGUUCAUCCUGGUCUCUUGUCUGCUGCAUCUGGUGGCCACCGCCUACUUCCUGUUCCUGGAACUGCUCAGUAAGCGGGACAACGGCUACCUGUGGGUGCAGAUGCUCUGGAUAUGCUUCCACUUCCUGCGACUGCUCAUGGUGGUGGAGCCGUGUCACCUGGCGGCCCGAGAGUCGCGCAAGACCAUUCAGAUUGUCUGUGAGAUCGAGCGGAAGGUGCACGAGCCAAUCCUCGCGGAAGCGGUGAAGAAGUUUUGGCAGCAGCUGCUGGUGGUCGACGCCGACUUCUCAGCCUGCGGAUUGUGUCGCGUCAACCGCACCAUCCUAACAUCGUUCGCGUCGGCCAUAGCAACCUACCUCGUGAUACUCAUUCAGUUUCAACGGACCAACGGCUAGGACAUGGAAGCAGAUCUUAGACA